AUGUCCAUAGAUACGUCAACUCUUUUUGCUAUUGGUAGUAUUAGUAUUCUUUCUAUUGUUAUUUUUAUUUUAUAUAAAAAUAAAAAUCAAUGGAAUAAUGCUGAAGAAGAUAAACGAGAAAAUGUGAUUAUUACAUUAAAAAAUCCAGAUAUAAAAUAUAAAUUUCCAUUGGUUUAUAAAGAAAAUCUCUCUCAUGAUACAUGUCGUUUUCGUUUUCAACUUCCAUCAUCAAAACAUGUACUUGGUUUACCUAUUGGUCAACAUAUUUAUUUAACAGCACAUAUUAAUGGUGAACUUGUUAAAAGACCAUAUACACCCGUAACAUCAGAUGAUAAUCAAGGUUAUUUUGAUCUUCAUAGUGGUUUAUUUGAUAUUCGUUCACGUAAACCUGAAUCAUUUGUAACUCGACAUGUUCGUCAUCUUGGUUUAAUUGCUGGUGGAUCAGGUAUAACACCCAUGUAUCAAAUAUUAAAUGAAAUAUUAAAAGAACAAACAUCGAAUGUAUCUGAUCAACGUAAUGACAUGAAAAUUUGGCUUUUAUUUGCAAAUCAAACUGAACAAGAUAUUUUAUUACGCAGUGAAUUAGAACAAUUAGCUGCAUCAAAUUCUGAACGAUUUAAAUUAUGGUAUACUGUCGAUCGAGAAAGUGCACAAUGGAAUUAUUCAAAGGGUUUUAUUAAUGAAACAAUGUUAAAAGAACAUAUGCCACCACCAGCUGAUGAUGUUCUAAUAUGUAUAUGUGGACCACCACCAAUGAUAAAAUUUGCAUGUUUAUCAAUUUUAGAUAAGUUAGGUUAUCAACAAUAUAUGACAUUUUGUUUUUAA